GGGGAAAAGGCGCGUGGGGCAUGUGGGAGGGGCGUGCUGGACGGCCUCGGCGGCUGCAGUGGCGGCUGCUGCCGCGGCAGUGGGGUGGAUGCAGGCCCACGCUUGAGGGAGGGGUCUCCGCGAGCGCUGCCUCCUGAGUUGGGGGGCUGCUGCUGCCGCCGCCGCUUCCCGGAGGAAAGACCGCCGAAAGCGCGGCUCCGCGCAUCGGAACCGAGGAGGAAACAGGAGCCGCCCUGCCCGGGCCGCGGAGGGGGCGUCCCGCUGUGUUUUGAUGUUGAACUAGGCGUCCACUCUUUAAAAUGGCCUCGACUCCCGACGCCGAGCUUUCUUUAUCCGAUUGCUUGUGCCAAAUAUGCACGGAUUUACUGAUAGAACCGGUCACGCUGCCCUGUGGCCACACGCUGUGUAAUUCGUGCUUCCAGCUGACCGUGGAAAAGGCCAACCUGUGCUGCCCCUUCUGCCGUCGGAGGGUGUCUUCGUGGGCCAGGCAACACGCGCGUGAAAAUACCCUUGUCAACAUGGACCUGUGGAAGAGAAUCCAAAAACUUUACCCGGAGAAGUGCAAGCGCGCAACUGCCGACCAGAGUUUGGACGACGACGAUGACAACCACGACGUUGAUCUGUAUAAGCCGCAUCAUCUGCUAAGCCAGCCUGGGGAGUUAAGGCGUGAAUAUGAAGAACAGAUUAGCAAAGUGGAGGCUGAACGAAGGGCCUACGAGGAAGAAGAAAGCAAAGCAAGUGAAGAGUACAUUCAGAAAUUAUUAGCAGAGGAGGAAGAAGAGCAAAGGCAGGCAGAAGAGAGGAAACGAGAAAUGGAGGAACAAUUGAAAAGAGACGAAGAACUGGCCAGAGAAAUCAGUAUCAACCUUAACAAACUGAGUGAGAAAAGUGUCUUUAGUUCUCCUUCAAAUGUUAAGCAGUCUUCACCAGUCACCAGCAAGUCACAAAAGAAGAUUAAGAACAAGUUAAGCGUCGUUGGAAGUAUUCAAAAGUAUUUGUCACCAAAGUCCCAGUUUGCCUCAGUGCAAACAUCUCAACCUGAAUUUGCAGCAGAAGAUAACAGCAAUUCCAUAUCUAAGGGUGUUAGCAGCAGUAAUGUAAAGAGCUCUGCAUGGCAAGAAGAAGACGAUGAGGAUAUGCCAACAUUAUCUCCGCAAGUAUUCCUUGAGAGUCAGAGCAGAGCUGCAAAGGGUUCAGUUACAGAUUCACCUAUGCCUCAGUUAAGUGCCUUUAGUGUGGAAGAAGACUGUCUUGAGAAAGAAACUAAAUCACAGAUGAGUAAUCCAAGUAAAGUUACACAUGGACAUUUUUGUACAAAUCAUAAAGUGCAAACCAGAUUGCUCUGUUCUGCUGAGGCUGUAGCCGAGUCUCCUGGCAAGCCAGAGAAUGGAUACGCUUCAUCUAAUCCAGCAGAAAUAAUCAGAAACAAUAUUGCUAAUACAGAAGAUGAAGAAAAGAGUCUGCUGAUUGAUAAAGAAAUUCCCAAAAGAAAAGAUCAGGAAUUUCCUUCUGGAAUAGUCAAUGAUUCAAGUAGCUCUGCAAAGAGAAGGAAACUCUGUAUGGAUACUUCUUCAGAACAAGAAGCGACAGACAAUAACAUUGCACAGAAACUGAUAGACUUGGAACACUUGCUCUUUGAGAGGCACAAGCAAGAAGAGCAAGAUAGGUUGUUGGCCUUAGAGCUUCAGAAAGAGGUGGAUAAAGAGCAGAUGAAACUGAAUCGGCAGAAAGGGUCCCCAGAUGCUUAUCUCUUGCGUACUAAAGUCUCCUCGCAUCCAGACGAAUCUCCAGAUGGAUGGAGAAGGCAUUCCAAGGAAAACUGCAAAAAACAACCUGAAACAGAGCUUUCAAAACCUCGAAGAAGUUCAAAAGAUGAAAACUGGCAACCUUCUCCUAUGAUCCAAAAGAAAAUUUCAGCUAGUAAGGGAGGAAAGGCACUCAACUCUUCCAAAAAUGCACGUUCUCUACGGCCUAGUAAUACUCAAAAAAGUAUUUUUCAGAUGUUUCAGCAAUCUGCAAAAUAAUGAAUGGGGAGAGGUGAGGAAUAAAGGAGUAAGAAACAAUUGUAAUGUUUGCAUAUUCAAUGAUAGUCCUAUGGGUAAAUGCUUUUUAGUGCAUUCUGUUAUGCAGAUGUACCUAUUACCUAUAGUUUCUCAGUUGGAAGUCUGAUUACAAGAAAAGUUAAGAGAAGGUGCUGCUGUAAAACUUCUCUUUAGACAAAUUUCCAGCAGGCAAUGCUGUGUUGACAAUUACCAAAAUACUUUGAGAACGGGGAAUUGCAGCUGUCUGAAAGAUGGUUUAGACCGUCUCCAUGAAAUCUUCAAAUGUCAUAAAUUUUGAAACUUAAAAAAAAAAUCUGCCCAUUGUGGUUGAUACUCACUUGUUUAUUCAAUUCUGUUUCAACAAAAAUAAAGCAAAAACUUUUCUGCUCUCAGGCAUUUAAGGAAUGAAGAUGAACUUUGAUAUUGAAAAGAGGUUGAAGGUAGUGACCUUCCCAGUCUCCUUGCUACCUCCCUAAAUAUGUUUAAAGAAGCACUUUAAAAGUCAUGAUUUCUUAUCACUAAAUGAUACAAAUUACAAUUUACCCUCCUAAUUAGGUUUUAAAUACUAUAUAAUAAAAUUUGUUUUUCUAGACUGGGUCAACAUCAAUGUUAAUCUAGGGAAAGAAAAGCUAAUUUUUUGAAAACUAAAAAUGGAAUCUUGAUAAGGAGAAAAAUACCUGCAAUUUUGAAGCAAAAAAGCCCAGUAGUGAAGUGAGGCAAGAUGAUUAAGGUUGACAGGGAGGGAAAUGGGAGGCUGAGCAAAUGAAAUCUGGACAGAUUGGCAAUUAACAGAGCAACAAGAUAUCCUUCGAUUUGCUUUGGUCAUUAGUUUUCCCUAUGAGUCAUCUCAACAACUGGGUUUCUGAUGAUUUUGGAAUUUAGUGACUUUUGCCUUUUUAUUUUUAUUUUUUUAAGUGACUUUUUAAACUUUUUUUUUAACCAGGUAGUUUAAUUUUGGAAGCUCCCAUUUCUGUUUAGAUUGCUAUUCUGAACAAAAAAAUUCUAAGGUGGAUUGGGUUUUGGGGGGCCAUUUUUUGUUUGUUUCUUUUUUUACUGAUUAGGCAACAAUGUCCUAGAAUUUCUUGUGUUCAAAUCCAGGACUUUAAUGCCAGGAUAGCUUUGACCAAGAAACACCAGGUAGCCCAUUUCCUACUUGUUACAGAGCUCAUUGAAUGUUGUAAAUUUUUACAUGAAAGAUUAAAAAGUUGGGGAAAGUAUGAUGCUUAUUUUCUACCUGUUAAGACCAUGUCCUAAGUGUCUUCACUUAGUCUCUCUGAUACUAGUUACUAUUGUUAACACAACAGAAAUUCCAGAUGACAGUUGAAUGUCCUCACAUUGAUUUUUUGGUUGUUGGGGGAACUGGACAAACUUCAUAAUUGAAUUUUUGUCCAUUUGGCAUUUAUACUUGCUGGAGUGUAUGUUGAUUGGAAAACUAGGUCAAACUAUUAAGAUUUUUUUUAAGGUCAGCCAAAUUAAAGCCUAUGAUUUAUUUUAUUUGCCUUAAGGUGGUUAAAGAGGUGAUCUUUUCUUAGCAGAAGACUAGCCAGAAGACUGUUUCUUUGAUACUUUCCCCUUAUUUCUGCAUUCUCCCCUUAAUUCUUAGUAACCUUCUUUCAUUGCUCUUAAGUCUACAACAGGAUGCCAACAAAGCCCAGCUGUCUUGUCCAAAAUAAAUACAAUCCCUUUCUCUCCAGUUGAAACCCCGUGUUAACCCAUAUGUCAUAAGGAAAAGUCUAAAUAUUGUGAAUACAGUGUACAGGUUAAGACUCAUUGAGUCAACCUUCCCCAAAGUGCAAGUGCCAUCUUGUAUUCCAAAUGUGUCUUAAUUUCUUGUGAAAGAGUCAGAAAAACCUAUUUCACUAGGAACAUUGGUAUCACUAUUUAAGUAGGCUAGCCUCGCCUUAGAUUCUGUCCCCAAAAUCAAUUUCUCUAAAAUACUCCUGUUUCUUUAUCCAGAGGUUUUCUAGAAAGUGUUGAGGUUUUUUACUGUGCCAGGAAGGAGUCUUUGGGAUACAGAGCAGCGUAUUUGUUUAAGUCAAGGAUUAUCUGUGUUAUUACAUGCUUUCUGGUAAUGUCAUAUGAAAUUUCAGAAAUAACGAAUUCAUCUCUUAAGUUCCCUACGCCUGCUGCCAAAUGGAGAGUUUCUUUGGAAUGGAUGAGUCAUUAAAGAUCAACUUCAUAUUGGAA